GAUAAAAUAAUGGUAAUUUAUUUAGUCUGUGAUGUAAACUCGAAGGAAAUAAACGAACGAAGAGUCGAAGAAAGUUUUAGUUCUUACUUUGUUUUUAUUUCGAAAUAUUUUAUACCAGGCGAAUUGUAUUUUAUCUUUAUUAUGUUUAAUUUAAAUCGUGAAAGUUUUGGAAGUCUCUAAAGUGUGUGUUGUAAAUAUAUCAAUUGUUCCAAAUCGACGAUUGUCACUAUCAAUAAAGUAUUCUGUCCCCAAAGAAUGGUUCACGUUUGUUGCUCGUGAGUUACGAUAUUCCAGCGAAAUUAUUUGACUUACAUUUCUGGGGGUGAAGCAGUAGCAGGUGAUGGUGCGAUGGCGUCGCGGCGCGUGACGCGCAAGUGGGAGGUGUUCGCGGGCCGCAACCGGUUCUGGUGCGACGGCCGCCUCAUGACGGCGCCGCACCCCGGCGUGUUCGCGCUCACGCUGGCGCUCAUCUGCGGCACGUGCGCGCUGCACUUCGCCUUCGACUGCCCCUACCUGGCCGCGCGCGUGUCCGCCGCCGUGCCCGCCGCCAGCGGCGCGCUGUUCGUGUUCACGCUGUCGGCGCUGCUGCGCACGGCGCUCAGCGACCCCGGCAUCAUCCCGCGCGCCGCGCCGCACGAGGCGGCCGCGCUGGAGGCCGGCUGCGAGCCCGCGGGCGGCGCCGGCCGGCCCCCGCCGCGCGCGCGCGAGGUGCUGGUGCGCGGCCGGCCCGUCAAGCUCAAGUACUGCUUCACCUGCAAGAUGUUCCGGCCGCCGCGCGCCUCGCACUGCUCGCUCUGCGACAACUGCGUGGACCGCUUCGACCACCACUGUCCGUGGGUGGGCAAUUGCGUGGGCAAGCGCAACUACCGCUACUUCUACACGUUCGUGGUGUCGCUGUCUUUCUUGGCGGCGUUCGUGUUCGCGUGUGCGGUGACGCAUCUCGCGCUGGAGGCGCGCGGCUCGGGGCUGGGCCCGGCGCUGCGCUCGGCGCCCGCCUCCGCCGUCGUGGCGGCCGUCUGCUUCCUGUCCGUGUGGUCCGUGCUGGGCCUGGCCGGCUUCCACACCUACCUCGCCUCCACCGACCAGACCACCAACGAAGAUAUCAAGGGCUCGUUCUCGACGCGGCGCGGCGUGUCCAACCCCAACCCGUACUCGCGGGGUAACGCGUGCGCCAACUGCUGGCACGUUCUGUGCGGCCCCCUCGCCCCCAGCCUCAUCGACCGUCGCGGAGUGUUCACGAUCGACUUGAAGGAUGAGUUGCCGCCCGCGUUCGCGCGAGCGCUGCCGGGCGCGCCGCCGUCGCCGCGCCCCGCGCCGCUGUCCGCGUUGGCCGUCACCUCGUUGCAGCCGCCGCGCUCGGCCCGCGACGGAGCGGUCGGCGGCAGCUACACCAACCUGUUCGAGGGCGAAGCGGCGCGCCACGUGUACAUGAACCGCAGCCUCGACCUCGACCCGCUGCCGCUGCAGGACGUGCGCGGCGCGGCGGGCGGGCCGGCGGGGGGCGCGGGGGGCGCGGGCGGCGGCGCGGUGGCGGGCGGCGGCGCGCUGUCGGCGUCGCGGCUGCGGCUGCUGCACGACACCACCAUGAUCGACGCGGCGCUCGACCUGGACGAGCCGGAGCCGCCGCCGCACCUGCCCCCCGCGCUGCCCCCCGCGCCGCCCGCGCUGGCUGCGCCCGCGCCGCACGCGCUCGCGGCGCUCUGACCCGCCGCGAGGACGCUCCGCGCGCCCGCAGUCAAUCCCCAUCGCUCUCGUUGUACAUAAAAUUGUUAAAUAUUAAAUUAAAUAUACAUACAUUUUAAGGAAUUGUA